GCUUCUCAUAUAUGAAUGUUUUCUUUCUCUGUUUUGUUUUUCCAUUGCAGUAGUGCAGUUGACACAUUGAAAGGUGAUAAGGUGGCCAUCAAGAAAAUCAGUCCAUUUGAGCACCAGACAUACUGCCAAAGAACUCUGAGAGAGAUCAAAAUACUUACACGCUUCUCUCAUGAAAAUAUCAUCGAUAUCAAAGAUAUUAUCAAAGCAGACACAGUUGAUUCCAUGAGAGAUGUAUAUAUUGUGCAAACUCUGAUGGAAACAGAUUUGUACAAGCUGCUGAAGGCCCAGCCAUUGAGUAAUGAACACAUCUGCUACUUCCUCUAUCAGAUCCUCCGAGGGCUCAAGUAUAUCCACUCAGCUAAUGUUCUUCAUAGGGACCUCAAACCAAGCAACCUGCUCCUCAAUACUACUUGUGAUCUUAAGAUCUGCGACUUUGGUCUCGCACGAAUAGCAGAUCCUGGCCAUGACCAUACUGGUUUCUUGACGGAAUACGUAGCAACGCGAUGGUACCGUGCACCAGAGAUCAUGCUGAAUUCCAAAGGUUACACCAAGUCCAUUGAUAUCUGGUCUGUAGGUUGCAUUUUGGCAGAGAUGGUGAGCCAGAGACCCAUCUUUCCUGGAAAACACUAUCUAGAUCAGCUGAACCACAUCCUUGGAAUUAUAGGUACACCAACCCCAGAUGACCUGAAAUGCAUCAUCAAUGUGAAGGCUAGAUCAUACCUUCAAGGAUUGCCCAUUAAGGAAAAAGUCCCCUUUGGAGUUAUGUACCCCAAAGCAUGUAAAAAAGCUGUUGAUUUGCUGGAUAAGAUGUUGUCAUUUAACCCUGACAAGAGGAUAACUGUUGAGCAAGCUCUAGCACACCCCUACUUGGAGCAAUACUAUGACCCAGAAGAUGAGCCUGUGAAAGAAGAACCAUUCACGUUUGCCACAGAGCUGGAUGACUUACCAAAAGAAAAACUGAAGGAGAUGAUCUUUGAAGAAGCCAGUAAAUUCAAUCCACCACCAAAAUCCCAAUGAUAGCGGAAAUUUGACACGUGGAACCUUCCUGACAACUGCCGUAAAGUACAGAGGGGACAACAAAUGGACAGAUUGAUCGAGAGGGAGAGGAAAGGGCAGAGAUAUUUGUAUAUUACAGUAUAUAUUUUUCCCUCUAGGUUGGUGUAGUGUAGUUAAAGCAGUGGCUAAAAUUUGACCAUGUUUUAUGAGAGUAUAUCUUCAACUCUGUGUAGGUUCAGUGGUAAGGGUUUUCAAAUGGGGACUCUUAAUGAUAGUAUUAUGAGUUAUUUGAGAACUGUUUAAAGGAGGCAAUGUACAAGACAGGAGCGAAUGUUGAAAAUCACCAAGAAUUUUUUUAGGGGGAUGAAAUUCCAUGAAUACUUAUCAGACAUGAACCCAUAAUCUGGAAAUAAUUACUAAUGCUCGUACAUUUGAAUUGAUUCUUUGAGUGUGUAAUGGGAGUGAAUGAUUUUUAGAGUCUCAUCUGAAAGUGAAUUUCUAAUUUACAAUUUCCACAUUAGGCAAAUAUACACAUCGAUAUAUUGGUGUCACCAUAUGAAAAUUGUUAGAGAGGGCCCUUAAAGUUCGCAAUUUGUUAUUUAUUUCCACUGCUUCUCGAUGGUCUAUGGGGUCGAGCUGAAUAGGUUAAGAAAGUAAGGAAGAUGAUUUGCAUGAAUGAUUUAUGAUUGUAUAGUUAUGGAUGAUUCUAAAUUUAAAGGAGAAGAGGGUGUGUCUUGCAUAUUUGUACAUGCUCUUGAAAUCAUGCAUAUAUAAUCUAAUGUACAAAGUUUAUAAUGUUUAUACGUAAAAUAGAGAAACAUUGAUGAUUAUAUCAACAGAUGUUAUACAAAAAUGUGAAUUAGAUGAUCAUGUUUGUGUAACGUUUUUAUUGUUGAUGUACAUGUAUUGUACUUUUUAUUCUUGAAGUAUAUGUAUUUAAAUGCAUGAAUUUGUCUUGAGGGAAAUCUAGUUGAAAAAUAUGUGAUCAUGUAUUAUAGUGGCAUGGUAUUUCUGUGCAUGUUGGUGAACAAAAUGCAUUUUGAAGCUAACCUGGUUGGCAAUAGUGCCAUAUCCAACAAUAUGAAAUUACAGUCCUCUAUUAUAAUAAAAUGCUCUUGUGAAGCAGAUUUGCUUUUAGUGGCAUUUGUAUUGAACAGCCCUUGAUUUGAGAUAACUGUACUAUCCAUUAGUUAGGAGGCACGAUAGCUCAGUCGGUAGAGCGGGGGAUUCGUAUUCCGGUGACCCGGGUUUGAUUCCCACUUGGUGCGCUAGUGCCCUUUGGUAGGGCAUUAAUCCUCAGUACCAGGUCCCUCGGAGAGGACCUUAAGCCGUCGGUCCUCUGGUUGCUUGCUUACAAGCAUUCAUGCUUUCUUAGCAGUCAGGUAAAAAAUCACCACCACCACAAUAUUAUGGUCGUGCGGACCCCUAUUGUUAGUGUUAAUAUAUCACAAUAGAAGUCUAUGUAUGAAAGACAUCCACAGUGAACCCUGCAUUCAAGCAUUGAUAUUAUAUAUGUCACAUGAUUGUACAUAUAUGGCCAUUCAUUUUGGGUUAUUUCAAGCUAUUCGAGUUUGAAUUUUUGCUCAGAAUUCCACCCAUAAGGUUGAUAAACAUUACUGCCAAAUGAUAUUGCUGAAGACAUUUUAAAAACAUACAUCCAUCAUAUUCUAUAAGAGGUUACUUGAUCUUAAUCAUAUACCUCCAUAUUGUACACUAUGUCUAUGAGAGAGGAAAUAAGAAUUUUAACAAAUGAGGCUUUGUUUCAUGGACAAUUUUGUUUCCUAGAUGUUUUUAUAAUUCCUUAUUAACGUCUACAUUUAGAAGUAUUAUUCAUUUCUCUAAUCCUGCUAUUCGACCUUGCUGGAUAACCGUAAUCAGGGGGGCGUUUCAUGAAAGGACUUGUCGGAUGUUUUAUCCGACAAGUCCCAUUUUAUCCAACAGUUACCAUAGGAACAGUGCCUCUCAGCCAAUCAAAAUCAUGGAAAAAUGUCAGAUCUGACAACUUGUUGGAUGAGGAUAUUGAUGAAAAGCUCCCCUGAAGAUAUUUGAUGGCCCACAGCAUAUUAUUUAGAAGUAAAAUUUGUCAUGGUGAUGUGAAAACACCUGCAGCACCUCUUAUUAAUUCAUUGCUUUGGAUUCAUGACCUUUGAUCAUGUGUGCAUAUUGCGGGCAUUUCUUUGUGAUGGGAAGUACAGAAAUGUGCUAAAGUUAUUUUUGGCUGCAAGCAAUCACUUAUGGGACAUUCAUAGUCAUUUUAUUGAACUGACUUAAAUGAGAAACAAGAUAAGGACAAAAAAUGUUUAUAUUUCCCUUGGCUUUGCCAGCACUGUAUUACCUGUAAGUUACAAGUGAAAGUAAACUUUUAUCAUUCUCUAUCACUCUGAAAAGUUAGGGAUAGGAUAGUGUGAACUGUGAACCAUUUCCCCAUGUAUAUAUGUCCGCCAGAGCUUCGCACCUGUUGGAAGAUUUCCUUGAUAUGGGAGUAGAAUAUGUUUCCCAUGUAUAUUGGAGUAGAAUAUGUUUCCCAUGUAUAUUGGAGUAUGAUGAGGAGAGGUGUUAACUCUCCUAUUUACGAGUCUUGAAAUGAUUUGUAAGCAACUCAAGUAAUGUAAAAUAUUAGUUUUCUGGUGUCCUUGCUGUAGAAUGUAUGAUAAGGGAUAUGGAUGAUACAGUAGGGAUAUCAUCAGAGAUAAGGCCAUUGCAUCACAUUUCCAAUGUUAAUUUGCUGCAGGAUAAUCAAGGAUGACUUUGAUAUUGUAAAAAAAGGUAUAUUCCUUAUUUAGAGAUUUGUAAAUUGAAUGAAAGUUUGUCAUUCCAAGUGAUUUCUGUAACAAAUAAAGUGUAUAUUUUCUAUUAAUCACAUGUAAAUCUUUAUCAUGGAGCUAUGUGUUACAUAUGUAAGUGUGAAUUGACACUGUUAAUGAUAGUGCACAACUUUUUUUCCGCCUGUACAGAAUAAAUAAGACUCUUAUAGAAUAUUCUUUACCGAAACAAUCAUGACAUUUUACUUCUUAACAGUAGAUGAGGCUAAGAUUGUACAUUUUUAAUCAUGAAAUGUUCUCUUUGCCCAUAAUACAUUUCUUGACAACCUUGGAGAGAAGAAAUCUGUGGAUUCUAGUCCUAAACAAUUCCCUUUUUAUUGUUAAGUGUUGUUUUUCAUGACAUUUAGACCUUGAGAUUGCCGGAACAAGGGAACAAUGUUGACAAAUUCUUAAAUCUCUGUCCCCAAGGCAAUUCCAAGAGAGAGGUAUUUGACUAUUGUAUCGUAAUUUCGUCUUAUUAAGUCAUUGUUAACUCCAUAUUAAUAGAGAGAAGCCACACUGCUCUCCAAAAACUAAUAAAUUAGUGAUAUUGAUGGGGCAAAGGAGCACUAUGCCAUAUCCAUGGUUCUAUUUUUGACGCAGGGCAGGUCAAUCACAACACACAAUACAUUAAUAUUACUCUGUGACUCGCAACCUUCUACCUUGUGCUCAGCAGGUAUGUCAAUCUGCUUGUUAGGCAUGAGUUAAUAUGAUUUCAUUAUUGACAUAUGCUCAUCGGGUGAAUCUUUCAAAUCAUUUAUGCAUCUUACAAAAUCUAUUCUGUUCAGUACCAGUCCUGGAGAUGUAACUGAGCUCUCAAUUUGCAUGUUCACUUGUCAAUUGCAAUGAAAGCAGUGAACAUAGCCGAGAGAGUGAACUCAAUAUCUUCAAAUGAAUAACUCAAAUUUCCACAAAGAAUCAACAGAUUUAAAAAAUAUAAUGGUCACUACACUGUUAUAGAAUGUCAGCUGGUACUUUAAUAAAGCUUUUAAAAAGGCUUUGAAUGGAUCUCCUUGACCCUGUCAAGUUUUCCCAAUAUCUUAUCUAUUGGGUGUGCAUUGGGAAGGUGAAGAGCUGACAUCAUUUUGGUAUUGUCAUAGUAACAAUUACUUCGCCCCAAUAAGACUGGUGAAGACUCACCUAUAUAUGUCCCUUCUUACAUCUUGUCUUGUGAAUCACAAACAAGUUCAUGCAAUUAGGAAAACAAAAACACUACUGAACUGUGAUAUAUGCAUGUGGUAGCUCUUCUAUAAAAGUUCACUUUAUUUUUCUGUAUUCCAAAGACUAAAAACAAUAGGAAGUUAAUAUUGUAAGAUAUAUUGCAAGAUUUUUAUUGAUCCUUUAGAGAUAUGACUUGCUUAUGAAAAUAUAUAUAUGAGUAUAUGUUUGUGCAAAGUAUGUGACACUUUCCAUGACAAAUAGAUUAUGCAGCAAAAAAUUUAGAAAGAAAAAAAGUUAUAUGAGUGUCUUGUAAAACUAUUACAAUAUAUCCUUUACGCAUGUGUAUAGUUUGGUUGCCAACUUUGUUCACUAUGUGAAUUUGAUGUCGUUUUCAACUUUUGUUAUACAGAAUUUAUAAUAUUAUAAUAAUGUAAUUGGGAUAAUUCAUGCCAGCAUGCCGCAGCAUAAACAUUGUAGUGUUAUGAUCUUAGAUGCAGAGGCAAAAAAAAAGAACAGAUAAUUUAAUAUUGAAGGAACUUCUGACAAAUUAUUAUAGCUUCAAAUUCACAAUAAAUGUACAGUACUUCACAAAAUAA